GAUAUUUUUUCCGAUUUUCGCCGGCUUUCUCCUCUCCGCUACCGGCCAGCGCCGUUAAUCGCCUGGAUCUGGCCGGAAGAUAACCGACGAGCAGUUACUGAAGAAACGGUGAUUGUUCUAUCCGCUCCAAUCUUCUGGUUUUCGUUUUUCCGCUUUCCGGAUCGCUCCACGUGGUGAUUGAAUCUGCGUUAAAGGUUCGAUACGGAGCUGUGAUCAUUGUUGCAAGUACAUGGCAGUGGAAGAAGCGAUCGCGGGCUCUUUUCCUGAUAUCUUAUUCGAAUCCUCACCGGAGGAGGAUUCAUCGUUAAAGAAAAUCGCCGGCAGCGGUUCUCCAACCCCUCCGUCGGCUAAUGCUAGCUUUGAUUGCAACAUCUGCCUCGACUUUGUUUCCGAUCCAGUGGUUACUCUCUGCGGCCAUCUUUACUGUUGGCCCUGCAUCUACCGCUGGCUUCAAUCUACCUCCAGCAACAACCCUCGCCGUUGCCCUGUCUGCAAAUCCCCCAUCUCUGACUCUUCUUUCGUCCCUCUCUACGGCCGCGGGCUCGCCGGGCCCCCCCCCAAAAGCCAUGGCCGGAGCUCCGGCAUUCCAGGCCGGCCAAAAGACACUCGGAAACUGGUUGCUAUCGCAGCUGUCGACCAACAGCCGUAUCACACGGGAAUCCUGCACUCCACGGCCGGCGUGGUGCUCGGCGAGAUUGCAUUCGCCAUGCUUCCAUGGGCCUUCCCCAAUCCGCCGAGCUCGCACUUUUCGACGGCCAUGAGCGAGGUGUUUGGGGAGAAUCCGAGGAGUAGAAGAUUGGAGAUGAGGGCUGAUAUCUGGCUACAUCAGCUGUGGGUUUUUCUCUUCUGUUGUGCGCUUUUCUGCCUCAUCUUCUUCUAGAAAACGGAGAAAUUAUGUGAGUAUGAGCCUUCUUAGCUGCAAUAAUGUAAAUAAAGGGGCCUUAUGAUAGUCUUUUGCUUGAUAGUUUCUUGGUUUUAUGUGUUGUUACAGCUAGCAGAAUCUAAGUUAGACAUGUUGCUAGCUAUAAUAAACUUUCAUCAAAGAUAUAUUUUGGUUUGCUUGCUGCAAUUUAGAUGUAUCACAGACUAGAUUUCUUAAAUUCAUGUUGCAGCUAACAUAA